AUCCCUGGAUUUGAGGUGCUGAGGCAGGAGGAUUAUCAUGAGUUCAAGCCCGGGCAAAAUAACAUAACAAGAACCUGUUUUUUAAAAGUUUCUACAACAAAACUGAAAGUAUAUUUCUUAUGCCCUGAGUGUCAGGCACUGACUUAAGUACCUACAAAUACAUAAAUUGUUUCUAAUCCCUGCAGUAACUAUGGGGUGGGCUAAUUAAUAAUAGGCCAGUUACCUCCACAGUGACAGGCCCAUAUUAAGUAACUGUAGGUACACUGUUGUGUAAUCUUCACAGUAAUUAUGGGGUGGGUUAAUAGCAGGUUGGUUAUCUCAGAUGCUGAGGUUUAGAAAAAUGAACUAACUUGCUAAAGUUCUUACAACUAAGAAGUUGCAGAGCUAGGAUUUAAAUUCAAGAUCAUUUCUCUGGAAAGCUGGCUCUUCAGCAGAGUCCAUUGCUGAUUCCCUUUGUGGAUGCCUUCAAGUCCUUUAUUAGGACCAUAGCUUAAGUGCUUCAAACACUACAGUUGAGACCGCAAUUGGAAACAGUAGGGCUGUACAAGACUGUUCAUACACAUUCGAACACUUGUUGGAAGGAAUGCCUUCUGAGUGCCAGGCACCUGGAAGGUGACAUGCCUAUAGUGGGGUUACCAAAGUAAGAUGUGGCUGCCCCAGUUCUUGCAGCUACUUAGGAAUGAACUGAGACAAAAAUUCCCAUUUAUUUAAUGUUGAUGCUGAAUGUGAUCUAGCGGGUGUGCUGUGCUUUGGUGUACAUAGGACACAAAGAUAAAUCAGCAGCAGACCUUGCCCUCGAAUCUGUAGUCCAAUAAUUUAGGUACAAAUACCAAAAAUUUCUGUUAAGUGGAAAAUGUCCUCAUGUGUCAGGCUAAUGUCUCAAGUUCAUGCCUCCUAGCCUCCAGCAUUUUUUAAUAUCUUCGAGAAAAUUAUAAGUGAUAUAGUCAUUUUUGGGUCAAGGUGACGUGCUGGUAGUUGAAUUGGUCCGUUAGGCAGGGAUGGCACAUUUGGAGCCGCAUGCCAGGAGAUGGAGGGGGACAGCGCUAACAAGAGGAUGCUCUGGGAUUCACUCACACUGCCUCAGAAGAGAAGAGGCUCUUUGGCGAAAGGCUUGAGCAGGGGAGGAUGAGGUAGGUUCUUGUGGUUUGUUUCUUGAGACAGGGUCUCGCCAGGUAGCCCAGCCUACUUCAGCUUCGAACAUGCGGCCAUCCUCCCGCCUGCCUCUGCCUACCUAGUGCUGGGACGACGUGAGUGUACCACCACGCCCUGCAAAGAUGUGACUCCAGAGCGGGCCAGCCCGAGAAGUCGCAGGCCCUGAGAUCACACCGAAAGCCCUGAGAUGGCAGAGUCCGGCCGCCGGCGACUAAUCGCCCACAGCGAGGCUGGCACACCAACCGCUAAGGCGCCUCAGACAGGCCCGCCCACUGGGCCACACCCGAGUUCUCAUUGGCGCCUCUCACUUUCUCCUCGGAUUGGCUACCUCUAGAAUCAAAUAACCCGGGGGUUGGAUCUACUUCCGGUGACAGUAAACUGGGACCCGGAAGAGCCUCACUGACGCGGCUUUCCAAAACUCUUACGGACGCGCCGGAGGAGGAGGAGGCAGGAGUCGGGAGGCUUUGGGGGCGGGGCCACGUCAGGAGGAAGAGGCGGGGCUUGCUCCACAGGCCUGCAGAGUGGGCAGGCAUGAGGCAUCGCACCCUAAUCUCCAGCCCGGGCCUCUGGGCCUCUGUCCCGUGUCCACGCUCCGAGCUGCGACUGGACCUGGUUUUAGCUUCUGGACAGUCCUUCCGGUGGAGGGAGCAAAGCCCUGGGCACUGGAGCGGCGUGCUGGCGGAUCAAGUAUGGACACUGACUCAGACCGAGGAGCAGCUCUAUUGCACUGUGUACCGAGAAGACAAGAGCCAGGCCGGCAGGCCCACCCUAGAGGAGCUGGAAGCCUUACACAAGUACUUUCAGCUGGAUGUCAGCCUGGCUCAGCUGUAUAGCCACUGGGCUUCUGUAGACUCCCACUUCCAAACAGUGGCUCAGAAAUUCCAAGGUGUGAGAUUGCUGAGACAGGACCCCACGGAAUGCCUUUUCUCCUUCAUCUGUUCCUCCAACAACAACAUUGCUCGAAUCACUGGCAUGGUGGAACGGCUAUGCCAGGCCUUUGGACCUCGACUCGUUCAGCUUGAUGAUGUCACUUAUCAUGGCUUCCCCAGCCUUCAGGCCCUGGCUGGUUCAGAGGCAGAGGCUCACCUCAGAAAGUUGGGCCUAGGGUACCGGGCCCGCUACGUAUGUGCCAGCGCCAAAGCUAUCCUCAAGGAGAAAGGUGGGCUGGCUUGGCUGCAGCAACUUCAAGUGGCCCCUUAUGAAGAGGCCCACAGGGCCCUUUGCACCCUGCCCGGGGUGGGCGCCAAGUGUUGUAUGCCUGCACACCAGAAGAGGGCACCAGAUCUCACUACAGAUGGCUGUGAGCUUCCAUGUGAUUGCUGGGAACUGAACUCAGGACAUUCCUGUGUAACAGCCUCACUGUCCUGGCUUUGUAGAUCCAACUGUCCUCGAACUCACAGAGAGCUUUCUGCCUCUGCCUCUCAAGUGUUGGGAUUACAGGUGGCUGACUGCAUCUGCUUAAUGGCCCUUGACAAACCCCAGGCUGUGCCUGUGGAUGUCCAUGUAUGGCAGAUCGCCCAGCGUGACUACGGCUGGCAACCUAACACAUCCCAGGCUAAGGGCCCGAGCCCUCUGGCCAACAAAGAACUGGGAAACUUUUUCCGGAAUCUCUGGGGACCUUAUGCUGGCUGGGCCCAAGCAGUGCUGUUCACUGCUGAUCUACGCCAACCAAACCAGGCUCGGAAGCCACCAGCAAAGCGCAGGAAGGGCUCUAAGAGACCGGAAGGCUAGGUAGGACCCAGGGGACAAAAGAUGUCGUUAGUAUCUUUCCCUUUGUUCUCUACUUCUCU